AUGAUCACCGCCGAGGACGUCGAGCUGCAGUCCACCAGGGACACCGCCGACGUCCUGCGCAUCUACAAGGUGGUCCGCGCCAUCCGCAACCGCGGACACUUCGCCGCGCGACUGGACCCGCUCGGCCGAUCCCUCGGACCGCUAAAGGAGGGCUACGAGCUCAUGGAGUCCACCUACCUCGGCCUCCACGACCCAUCCCCGGAGAAGCGAUUCUUCCUCGGCAACGAGUGCAAGUCCCUCGACCCCGACGGCAGGCGCCAGUGGUGGACGGUGGAGGAGCUCAUGACCCGCCUCCGCGCGGUGUACUGCGGCACCCUGAGCGCGGAGUUUAACCACCUCGCGAGCGUGCACAAGAAAGACUGGCUUCGAAGGCAGCUCGAGGGACACGUGCGAGACGACGGCGGGGUGGCGCAACUCACGCGCGAGGAUAAGCGCACGGUGCUCAGGAGGCUGAUCAAGGCGGACGCGCUGGAGGGGUUCCUGGCGCGAAACUUUCCAUCCGCGAAGCGGUUCGGGUUGGAAGGCGCCGAGGCGCUCAUCCCGGGUUUGCAGAGCGUGGUGGAGAGCGCCGCGGCGGGUGGCGCCGAGGCUGUCGUCGUGGGAAUGGCGCACCGCGGCAGGCUCAACGUCCUGAACAACGUGUUCGGCAAACCCUUGGGUUUGAUCGCGACGGAGAUGCGGGGCGAGUCCAGGAGCUCGUUCAACGUGGGGGACGUGCGGUACCACCUGGGCACGCGAACAACGGUAACCCUAAAGGAGCAGAGGCGGGUGGAGAUGUCCAUGGCGCCCAACCCGAGCCACCUCGAGGCGGUCAACUCCGUCGUCGCCGGGAUGGUCCGGUCGAAGCAGAUGAGGGUGGACGUACCCCGGGGUGGACGAUCCCGGGUCUCGCAGCGGAAGGUGAUGGGUUUGCUGAUUCACGGCGACGCCGCCUUUUGCGGCUUGGGCGUCAACGCCGAGGUCAUGCAGCUGCAGGACCUGCCGGACUACACCACGGGCGGCACGGUUCACAUCGUCGUCAACAACCAGAUCGGGUUCACCACGGUGCCGAGGCGAGCGAGAUCGAGCCCGCACCCGAGCGACGUCGCCAAGGGGUACGGGGCUCCGAUUUUUCACGUCAACGGCGACGACCCCGAAGCCGUCGUCCGCGCGUGUCGACUCGCCGCCGACUUUCGAGCCGAGUGGGGCCAGGACGUGGUGAUCAACCUGGUGUGCUACCGCCGCCUCGGGCACAACGAACAGGACGACCCGUCCAUCACGCUUCCGCUGCUGUCGGAGCGGAUCAAGCGUCAGCGGAAAGUGUCGGAGAUUUACGCCGAUCGGCUCGUCGCCGACGGCGUGGCGACGAGGGACGAGGUGAACGGUAUGGACGACGUAGACGACGACAUAGACGCGUUGGCAAAGGCGGAGAAGGACUACGGCGUUCGAGUGGGCGAUUCGGUGCGCACCGCCAAGGCGCUCCUGUCGCAACUGGACGACGUGGCUCGAAAAGCCCGGCUGGAGCACAUGGGCCUGUUCCCCCCGGAUUUCAUCGCGCACCCGCACACGCGCAAGCUGCUGGAGAACCGCCGAAAGAUGGUGGACGGCGAGCUCGGCGUGGACUGGGGCACCGCGGAGCUCCUCGCGUUUGCGACGUUGCACUGCCACGUUCGGCUCAGCGGCCAGGACGUCGAGCGCGGCACCUUCAACCACAGGCACUCCGUGCUGUACUGCUCCAGGACGUCGAGGCCGGUCAACCCGAUCGAUAACAUGGGCCUCGGGGACCAGGACAGGUUCCUGGUGUGCAACUCCCCGCUCUCGGAACACGCGGUGAUGGGAUUCGAGUACGGAUUCAGCGUCGACUCCGGUCCAGCCGCGCUCGUGCUGUGGGAGGCGCAGUUCGGCGAUUUCGCCAACAACGCGCAGGGCAUCGUGGACCAGUUCGUCGCGACCGGCGAGGCCAAGUGGUGGGGCGGGCUCGUCCUCCUCCUGCCGCACGGCUACGACGGUAACGGCCCGGACCACAGCAGCGCGAGGCCCGAACGUUGGCUCGCGGCGGCGGACCGAGGACGAAUCGAUCGCGCGGAUUGGGAACGGUACAUGCGGCACAGGGCCAAGACCCACGCGGAUUCCUCGUGCAACUUUGUCCUCAUCAACCCCUCCACACCCGCGAAUUACUUUCACGCGCUGAGGCGCCAGGCCAAUUUACCGCACGUCAAGCCCCUCGUCGUGCUCGCCCCCAAGUACCUCCUCCACCACAGGCCGUGCGCGUCGCCGCUGCGAGAUUUCGGCCCCGGGAGCAGGUUCCACGCCGUCAUCGGCGACGGCGACGUGGGCGACAACUCCGUCGAGCCCGACGCCGUCACCGGCGCCCGCGAGAGACCCAAAGCCUCGAACGUCCGCCGCGUCGUCGUGUGCACCGGGCAGGUGUACUACAAGCUGCACCAGCUUCGCAAGGCGAAAGGAGCCGACGACGUGGCGCUGGUCCGGUUGGAGCAGCUCUCGCCGUUCCCGCACGCCGCGCUGGCGAGGCGACUGGCGAGGUACCCGAACGCCGAGCUCGUGUGGUGCCAGGAGGAGCCCAAGAACAUGGGGUACUGGGCGUUCGCGCAGCCGCGCGUCAACACGGCUGUGCGGGAGAUACUCGAGAAGACGAAUCGACGGGACGAGGUUCGAAGGGUGCGGUACGUCGGCAGGCCGGCGGCGGCGUCGCCCGCCACGGGGUCACCCGUGAUUCACGCCGCGGAGACCAGGGCGCUGGUGCACGAGGCGCUGGGGUUGGAGCACGUGGGGAUCCACCUCGCGGAGCCGAGGUCGAGCGUGCCGCGGUACUGA